GGCGUCUCCGGCAGCUUCGGGGCCCGGAUAUCGGAGCUGGUGCUUGUGUCCUGAGAUGCCAUCCGCCACCUUCUUCACGGCACUGGUUUCGCUGCUGGUCUCUGGGCCCCGCUUGUUUUUGCGUCAGCCCCCGCAGGCGUCCUCAGACCUGACGCUGCGGUCCGAGGCUUUGCGCGACUGGCAAGUUGUGGAAGUACUCACCAAAUGAUGAAGUACUCUUCAGAUAAUGAAGCCUUCCAGAGACCGGCCUGACUGAGCCACUAUGGAAAGAAAGGUCAGGAAUACAGGUGAGGAGACUGGCACAAAGUGAUAAGUGACACCCUCUCCGUCCACCCUGAAGCUGUUACAGUUAAUUAACCCUCAAACUGCCCGUUGAGUUUACAGGCUGGUGACCUACAUCUUUGUCUAUGAGAAUCCAGUCUCCCUGCUGUGUGGUGCGGUCAUCAUCUGGCGCUUUGGUGGCAAUUUUGAGAAAUCCGUGGGCACUGUCCGCCAUUGCUUCUUCACCCUGAUCUUCACCGUCUCCUCUGCUGUCAUCUUCCUGUCCCUUGAGGCUGUGUCGUCGCUGUCAAAGCUGGGGGAGGUGGAAGAUGCCAGAGGUUUCACCCCGGUGGCUUUUGCCAUGCUGGGAGUCAGUACUGUCCGUACUCGCAUGCGGCGGGCCCUGGUGUUUGGUGUGGUCAUGCCCUCCGUCCUGGUGCCAUGGCUCCUGCUGGGUGCCUCUCGGCUCAUUCCCCAGACUUCUUUCCUGAGCAACCUGUGUGGCCUUUUGAUUGGACUGUUAUAUGGCCUCACGAACUGCUAUAACCUCGACAUCCCGGAGCGAGUGGCUAUGAAGCUUGAUCAGACAUUCCCGUUCUGCCUCAUGAGGAGGAUACCCAUGUUCAAGUACGUCUCAGGAUCCUUGGCUGAACGCAGGGCAGCUCAGAGCCGCAAGCUGAACCCUGUGCUCGCCUCCUAUCCUACACAGAGCUGCCAUCUUCACCCACCCCCGAGCUACCCCGUCAUCCAGAUGCAGCACACCAGUGGCCAACAGCCAGCUGCCUGGCCGACCUGCACUACUGGGCACACGCCCAGCCUGCCUCUAUACCAGCCCACCUCCGGCCUGUGUUACGUGCAGAACCACUGUGGUCCAACCCCUGGCUCCUCCAGUGUCUACCCAGCUCCCACGGGGACCUCCCUGGUGAUUCCAUCCACCGCCCCCAUCAGCUGCCCUGGCAUAGUGAACUCUGCGGCCCAGGGCACUCCAGCACCUGCCAGCUCCCACGAGGCCUGCACUGUCCGGAUGCUCUGAGGGCAUCUCUAAGGAAGUCAGCUCACAGCUUGGCCUCUGAGCUAAGAUUUUCUUGACAGAAAAUUAAGUGAAUAUCUCUGUGUGCCCAGCUAUGUUGAGUACUUGGAUAAAUGUCCCUGUUCUGGUCUCACUUUUUACUGUCAGCUCUGUGAAGUACAGUUUAUCUGCCCAGUUGCAGAAAUUACACAUUCUGUGACAAUGUGAA